UAGAGCAUUGCGGGUUACAACGUGCAUGUGUAACAUCGACAGACCCUGGUCAUCUUGAGCUGAAAGCCAACUGCUUGUUAACUAAGGCUGUAGCGCAAACUCAUUAAUCUCUUUCUGUAAGUGGUUGUGGCACCACUAGAUAGGACAGAACACCACUGCCAGAAGGUGUGUGGGUUACGCAUGGAUAUUGCAUGAGUACAGGGGACACAUGGAGGGAGCAUGAGCUUAGGGGUGUAUGGUGAGUGCAUCAGAAUAGGUGGUGCAAUGAGUGGAUAUGGGGUUGCCCAGGGAUAGAUGAGGAUGGGAUUUCAAGCAUAUGAGUAUGAUGGUUGCAUUAUAGGCAUCAGGACCAUGUGGUUACUCAGGAAUGUGAAGCUGCCUGGUUACAGUUGGUGCAUGGGUGGUAUAUGGAUAUGAGGUAUCCGAGGGUGUGUAUUUGGAUGAACAGUGUGUAGGUAUGGGGUUUGUGCAUGAACAUGGAGUACAUGGGGGAUGUAUAUGUAAGGGAAGUGCACACAGGUGUUGUGCAUGAGUACAAGGGGGACAAAUGAGUGGGAAUGUGUGGUUAGUGCCUGGUAGAAGACAAACAGUGAGUGGUGACUAGGAGAGGGGUGAACAGAGAUGAGGGGAGUAAAUGGCUAUGGAUUAGUAUUAGAAAUAGGUCAAAUUAUCUCUCCUAUUGUUCAAUACUUCAGCUCAAAGUAAAAUGGGUUAACAUUUUGCUUAGGGAGCAAUUUGAAAAGGGGAACAGAGUAUAAGAAUCCAAUACUACUAGUAACACAGCCGCUCUGUAUAUACUAUAUACAGAGGCUCCUGUUCGUGCAAGCCUAACUUUUUUGUCGGGUGCUGAGGAACACCUUAAGGAAGUGAGUGCUUCUGUCUCCAAUAAAUAGCACAGGCUUCUUUUUUGCUAGAAUACUAGAUUUUUGUUUUUAAAUGGAAUAACUCUUCGGGAUAGGGGUGGAAAGAUGAACUUAAAUUAGAGUUGAAAUAGUCGGAUAACAUGAACUAGAUUAACAACUCUAAGAAAUAGGCAAGAGAUUACAAGAUCCCAAACUCGAAAAAGUUUGCCCAUCCCACUUUCUAUUUUUCUUUUACUGAAACUGGAAAAUAUGUUUUGUGUAGAAAAUAUUACAUUGAUGUUCAAAAAAAGAAGAUAGUUUUGAUUUAUCAGGAACUAGCAGGAAUGAGGCUGAAAGUUCCAGUUUCUAUAUGCAUCCUGGAAGCUUUGCUGAACAAAAAUAUGAUCAGUGUCUCAAGCAUAAUUUUACAGAUUGUAAAUUCGAAGCAUCUCUUCGAAUGUAUACAGGAAAUUCUGAAGAAUGUGAAAGAAAAUUACAGAGCAGCCCAGAAAGACAACAGGAAAUUAAGAUAAUCAAAAAGAAAAUGGCACAAGUAACAGAUGUUGUAACUGACAAACCUUUCCCGGUCUUAGUAAGGAGUACAAAAAGAACAAAGAAGUUGCACAGCUUCCCUUCCAGACUAUCUCAAUUUCCUCCUUCCCCAUACACAUCACAAGAAGAAGUCAUGAGGCUCAUUUCAUCAGCUUCAAAGCUAAUUGUUGCAGCAACUUGUGAAAUCUCUUCGGAGGAAAUAAAGAAGCCAGACUGUGCCUCACCCCAAAAGAGGAAAGAAGCUAAAAAUAUUCAGAGAUUGGACCAUUACCACAAGCAGUGUGCACCUCAUCCUGUGAUCUCUCCAGGUCCCCAUAAAUAUGAAGCUAAGAGCAUUGAUGUAUUCUGUUUUAAAAGCACACGGGAAAUGAACAAAUUAGAAGAAUCAAAUGCUGACUUUAUCCAAGAAAAUUCAAGGAAUGAUUAUGGGAAAAAUGUGAACAAAGACAAGAAAGAAGAAAACAGUAGAAAUGUAAAUGGACUGGUCAGAGUUGAGAGAUCAUCUAAUAUUUCCAGUAACUCAUCUAAACAUAGGAGUGUACUUUCUAAAACUUCUACAAGAGCAAGUGAUUUAAAUUCAUUGUACUUAAGUAACAUAUCUCCUUAUGCACAACGAACUGACAGAAGUAAAGCUUCUAAAAAAAAUGUGCUUAAUGAAGGAACGUCCUCUGCCUUGUGCAGCUCUUCAGUGAUGUCUGAAUGCCAAGAUACAGAGCCAAGUACUGGCCGUAUAUCAGGCAUGACAAGUUUAGCUCACUCUCAGAAAAAUAAAAGCAUCUCUAGGUGGCUCUGUAAGUCAUCUGAAUUCAAAAGGCAAAAGUCAGCCCAGGUGCCUAGUAGAAAGCAUUCAGGCAUCAGAGGUAGUAAGUCUAGCAAGCUUUCACAGGGAAGGCCAAUGGAGAACUCCCGGAAUAUGCCACUACAUCAAAAAGAAAGAAAAAAUAGUGAAGGAAACAGGGAAUUAAAUGUUUCCACAAAUGCACAGACCCUAAUCAUAAAUGAAAACACGGGAGAACAAACAGCUUCUGUUGUGGCUCUUAAAUGUGGCAUUCACCACAGCCAAAAUAACACAAGUAACAGCCUUCAUCAGAGACCUCAAAGUAACCAGCACGAAAAAAAAAAGAAAGAUUUGUGUGAAUUAGCUACAGGAAAAAAUACCGAAUCCCAUAAGGUCCAUUUCCAAGGUCCAUUGCAGUUUUCCAGAAAUACUGAACAGAAAUGUAGCUGUGUAAACUUGAAUAGUUGUAACAUAACAAGCGACUAUGGAAUUCAAACCAUUGCUUCAGAAAGUAAAUCUUUAGGGACUGUGACACAUCUUCCAGAGAAUGAAAAUGAAGAACACCUUUCUAGGGUCACACUUGGAGCACCUUCCUUUUUACAUCAAGUUUUCCUGGAAAUGGAGCAAGAUGCAUCACCUACUUCAACUGCAUCUGAGCCUAAAGAUCUGGACAGCAGUUUAGAAAAUAAAAGUAUACAACAAUUAUCUAACCAGCUUUUCAUCCUUAAUGAAUCCACAGGAGACAAGAAGGUUCAGGAUACUAUCAGUAAUGUACAUACAAGUGACAGUAUUUUAACAGACCCAUGUGAUUGGCAAAUGGCACACAUCCCACAGAAGGUUCAGUGUUGUUGCACCUGUGCAGAAGAACCACCUAACUUUAUAUCUGAAACAUCUGAUGAAGAACAAGACAGUUUCUCAGAUUCAUCUGUGACAGUAGCAAGUUUUUUAGGUGCAUUAGAAAACCAACAGUCAGAAGAGCAGUUCACUGUAUCAUCUGUAUCUGAUAGCCUGAGUCUUGGAUCAUUAUAUGACGUACAUGAACAGAUGGAAGAAAACAAUUGUGUUGACCUAAAAGAGGAGGAAAACUCAGACUCCAGCACAGGCCAUCUUGAUCAAAGAGUUCUAGAGGAAAUGCAGAAGAUUAGCACCUCUGAGAGGCUCUCUCAGACAGACUCCAUCCAUUUCAGUUCUACAGAUGAAGAAGGGAGAGCAAAUAUGGAUCGUGCACUUAAGAGUGUCAGUACCAGUCAAGUACUGUAUUUCUGUCAUUUUCCACGUUACGUUAGUAAAUAACUUAUCAGGUCAGUAGUAAACUGUUAGAAAAAAAUGCUUAAAAUCAAACUUAAGAUGCCAGAGCCAGAACAGAUACCAUAUACAAAUAUUAUGGUGUUUCCUUCUCUGAGUUAGUAGGUGUGUAAUGGUAUCUGUUGCUUUAAAGCAUCACACAUUGCACUAGUUAAGGCAUAAUAUUUUUCACUUUGGUGACAAAAAACAUGACUUUGAGUUGUCACAAAAAAAUCAUGUUCUUGAUCUACCCAGUCAGCUGCUACUAAACAAGCCUCCAUACAUUUAAUGGCUAGUGUAGUGGAUUAUGGGAUUUUUAAAUGUCUUUAAACCAUUAAAUAUUACUACAUUAAAAAAACAAUUAUUGAAAAAUAAAGGAUAUUUGGCCUCUCAACUUCCUAUAACUUAAUUGUCACAGUGGGUAAUAUACUGGUCUCAUUCAGGUCAGUGAAGUUUUGCCUUUGAUUUCAACGGGACCAGCAUUUCUCCCUACGUGUCGUGACAUUUCCUUUUGUAAACUACUUAUGAUUCUUCUCACUUUUUGCCGUCACACACAACCCACCUCAGUUUUGUUUAAUGACUCUGUUUUGUUGCAAAACUUCAUCAAGGGAUGUUGACAGAGCGCCCAUGUGCCUGUUGUGACCAGAAUCAAGCCCUACGUUAAUUUAAGCUGUAAUGAAUAAUUGAUUAUGCUUUUAAAAUUAGAUAAAGUGCACCACAUACAGCUAUGCUGAUUUCUACUGAAUUAAGUUACAUAUUGCCAGCUAAAUUAGGACAACUGCAUAUCAUGCCAACUCCUUUUGAAAGCUAUUGUGAUGAUGUGCAACUGAAGACCCAGUCAUGCAAGAUGAGACAUGUGAGGAAACCUCUGCACCCAUGCAGAGCUUCACUGACUGCACUAGGGCUUUGUGCAGGUUUAAGGGUCUGCAUGCUUAGCUCAGCUUAGCUUACAGGACUGGGGGUCUAAGUAGUAUUUACUUUAAAAGUGUAAUAUUUGUGACACACACACCUGCACAAAGUGUUACACCUGAGGGAAUUUUGCACCAAAAAACUAAAAAUUCUGUGCAUUUUGUCAACAAAUAAAUGUGGAGGCUCAAGCAUGAGAGCAGGAACCACAGGGCACUGCCUGCAUCGACGUGGGAGAUCACUUUGCAGACCCCCCACGACAAAGACUCGACGGUGGGGCUGCACCCACCCUAGCAAAGGCCAGGCCCUGCCCCUCUGCACCAGGCAGGCUCAGCCUGGCAGAAGCCAAUUGUGGAGGGGCUUAGUGUGGGGAGAUCCAGGAACGAGGUCAGAGGAUUGUAUGUGGGGUAGCCUGGGUGCAGGCAGCUCAUUGGGGGAUCUGGAUGCACAAAGGCUCAUGGGGGGUGUUUCUGGGUGCAGGGGCAAUGGGAUUCUGCAAGGGCAUCCAGGUGAAGGUGGUUGGCGCUUGAUGGGGGGGUCCGGGUGCUGGGGGAGUGGGGCUUGGUUGCGUGGGGAUCCAGGUGCAGCUGGUUGCAGAGGCUUUUCAGCAGGGCUUUGGAGCAGAACCCAGACCUGGAGUGCAGAGCAGCUCCAGAGCAGUGGAGCUGCAGGUUUUUGCCUGGAGCCGGAGUGGAGCCAGAGCACAGCUCCAAAGUCCUGCUUGUCAGGAUGGUCCAGGUGCAGGAAGGAUGGGGCAUUCGAUGGGCCUGCUUAAACAAGAGAGCCCCAGCUGCUGCUGCCGCCGCCGCCGCCACCACCACCAAGGGGACACCACAUGCCAGGCUCCAUUCUCCUCUCCCUCUCCCCUCCCUUCCCCCUCUCCAUUGUCCCCGCCUCAUCCUCUCC